UUACUAAUUGGGCCUAAGGCCUGUUUGAGAGAGAAGUAUAAAUAAAAUAAAAAUAGAUUGCUUGAUGGUUGCCUGGUUGGUUCGCCCUCGACUAAACUCAAAUGAAAUCAAACUCCAUCAGUUUUUUGGCUCUGCAGAGAAAAAGGAGACCAAAAGAAGGGGAGGUCGCCAUAGUCAUCGUUCUCGUUUGAGAGAGAGAGAGAGAGAGAGAAUCAGAGCUUUGAGAGAGGAGAACGAGAGAAGGAGAGAAGGUACCAUGAUUACACGAUCGAAUCUGGCGGAGCAGCUAAGGGAGUAUCAGAUUCGAUCCAAGCAUGACUGGGCCUCUGUCUCGUUCUUCUCUUCUACUUCUUCUAAUCUCGCCUCUUCCAGGGUGGAUGUCGUGGUCUUUGUAAUAUGGGAACUUGUUAUUUUAGCUUUCCUGGUUUUUUCAGUAGUCUCGUUGUACUUUAAGCACAUCCGGCUUGCUUUUAUAUUAGUUUGUAUUACGGUGUUGUUGCUUUUAUGCAUGAAAAUUACAAAGCAAGUAAGACUAGCAAGGAGAAAGAAACGAAGAAUGCUUCUCCCGUUGUCAAUGUAAAAUGGUGUCAAGUCUUGAUCUUUGGCAUGUUUCCUGUUGUCCCUUCUCUCCUUUUCCUGGAGUAGGGAUCGUGGCCAUUCUUGACCAUUUCCAUUGAUUCAGCUUCAUAUUCAUAAUUGGAUUUGUGUAACUCUUGAUUCAACCUAUAGCAAGUCAAACAAGUACAUAAUUGACGAUCUUGUGUCAACAUGUGCUUAUCCAACUUGCUGAUGUAGAUCACUAUGGGAGAUGGUGUAACUUAGUAGUGCUAGGGUAUCAUCAAGUAUCUAUAUAUUUGCAUUUCAUUUUUCUUUUCACGUUUCUGUAUACAAAGUGCUACUAAUGCAAGUUACUAUUGAGCUUUUGA